AUGUCUUCUAUGUGCUCACUUGUGUUGUUCCUUGGAUUGGUGGUCCUCACCACUCCCUCACUUGCUAAUGACCACAAGCCACCCCCAUAUGAGCACAAACCACCUCUUCCUGUUUACAAGUCUCCACCACUGGGGAAACCACCCCCAGAAUACAAGCCACCAACCCCUGUUUAUAAGCCACCACCUCCGGUGGAGAAGCCACCAACCCCUGUUUAUAGGCCACCUCCCGUAGAGAAGCCACCCCCGGAAUACAAGCCACCAACCCCUGUUUAUAAGUCGCCUCCAGUGGAGAAGCCUCCCCCAGAAUAUAAGCCACCAACCCCUGUUUACAGGCCACCACCAGUGGAGAAGCCACCCCCAGAAUACAAGCCACCAACUCCAGUUUAUAAGCCACCUCCGGUGGAGAAACCACCCCCAGAAUACAAGCCACCAACUCCUGUUAAGCCACCUCCACCACCAAAACACAAGACACCAACUCUACCCCCAAGAGUAGUGAGACCACCGCCAAUGCCCAAGCCACCAACUCUACCGCCAAUAAUAGUGAGGCCACCACCGACAAAAGAACCUUCGCCACCCCAUGGUCACUACCCUGGCCACCCUCCAGUAGAAACACCUCCAUCAACUCCAUACAAGAAGCCACCAACUCCUGAGAAGAAGCCGUGGGCUCCCCACCACAAGCACUUCAAGGCUCCACCACCCAUCCAUGCCAAUUGA